AGUAACCGAAGAACAGUGUAACUAAACUAAGCGCCACGAGUGAAGAAAAAAAAAGAAGAAGAAAAGAAGUAGUCGUCGUCGUCGUCGAAUUGAAAUCCUGUAAAAGGAGAACGAGAUAGAUAUAUCUAUCUAUCUAUAUCGUCGAUUAUCGAAAGAGGGAAGAAGGAACGAAAAGAAGGAAGGAAGGAAGGAAGGAAGGAAGGAAGGAAGGAAGGAAAAGAAAGUCUCGGGUGGAGAAAUUCCCGCGCUUGAAAAACCCGACGAUCAUCAGGCCGACGGGAGUUCGAGGAGAGGGUGAAGGGCGUCGUGGAGGGGGGAGUGAUGCCGGUGAGGGUGGCACAGCGCCCCCCAGGUGGAAUACCACUGCACGCCGGCGUGCCGGUAGCGCCCAGCAGCGUAACCGCCUCCGGUCCGUCGGGCCGGUGCCUCGGGGGCCCGGCAGCGCCCCCCGCCGGCUCGCCACCGCUGCCGCCCUCCUUGCAAUCGCUCGGCGGCGGUGUGAGCAACGCGAACAGCGCCGCUGGCGCGGCCAGCAACGGGUCCAGCAACGGUAACACCGGGAACACCGGCAGCAUAGUCGGGAACAGCACUGGUCAGGGGGGGAUCAUCGCGACCCAAGGCGUGACAACGACGAGCGGCGUCACCACGAAUCCCCUGCAGGCGAUGGCGUCGGCGGCGGCCUCGCUCACCCAGCUCAACAACAUGGCGAACGGCCCGCUGCCGCCGCUCGCGGCCACCGGGCCCACCGGCCCCCCUAGCCUGCCGCCCCCCCAGCCGGCCACCACGCCGACCCACGGGGGCCCGCCGACACCGCACGCCGGUGUCACGGGCGGGCCCCACCUGAACGGGGCCUCCCCAAGCCCUCACCCCAUGCCGCCCCACGGGAUGAUGAGCGGCUCGCCCCACGCCCCCCACCCGCACAUGGGCGGCGGCGGGCCCUCGCCCCAUCCUCACCACCCGGGCCCCCACAUGGUCGGCUCGCCUCAUCACCCGGGUCCACACCCGAUGGGCCCAGCCGCGGGUAUGAUGGGCCCGGCCGGUAUGCAGCCCCAAGCCGCGCCCGGCAUGUGCGGACCAGGACCAACCGGCCCGAUGGGGCCCCACGCUCAUCCUCAGGGACCCGGAGUACCCGGACAACCGCAUAUGCACAACGACCCGUUUUACUGCUCUCCCUUUGGAUCGCAUUACUUCAGUCUUUACGCGUCAAAAAUGAAAGAAUCGAACGGAAUAGUAUGUCAACUCUGCCAGACAUACGGUCAAAAAUCGUUGCCUGUCCCCAGGAGGCAUACUCCGUACUUUGGCCAACCGGACUACAGGCUCUACGAGUUGAACAAGAGGUUACAACAGCGUACAGAGGAGAGCGACAAUCUUUGGUGGGACGCAUUCGCGACCGAAUUCUUCGAGGAUGACGCAACCUUAACCCUCACGUUCUGCCUGGAGGACGGUCCCAAGAGAUACACGAUAGGAAGGACGUUAAUACCCAGGUACUUCCGUUCGAUAUUCGAGGGCGGCGUGACGGAACUUUACUACAAUUUGAAACACCCGAAGGAGUCAUUUCACAAUACCAGCAUAACCCUCGACUGUGAUAACUGCGUUAUGGUUACGCAUCACGGAAAACCGAUGUUCACGAAGGUAUGCACGGAGGGUAGAUUAAUAUUGGAAUUCACGUUUGACGACCUUAUGAGGAUAAAGUCGUGGCACAUGUCGGUGAGGACGCACAAGGAACUCGUGCCUAGAACUGUGGUCGGUAUGCAACAGGACCCGACGAUGCUCGAACAGCUUAGCAAGAACAUCACAAGGCAGGGCAUCACCAAUUCCACCCUCAACUAUCUUAGGUUAUGCGUGAUCUUGGAACCGAUGCAAGAGUUGAUGUCGAGGCACAAGGCGUACGCGUUGUCACCGCGGGACUGCUUGAAGACGACCUUGUUCCAGAAAUGGCAGAGGAUGGUUGCCCCGCCGGAGUCCCAGAGGCCGGCCAGCAAGCGGAGAAAGCGAAAGGGUAGCACGUCGGGACCCGGCAACAACGCGCCGCCCGCCCCCAGCAAAAAGAGAUCACCGGGCCCCAAUUUUUCUCUCGCGUCACAGGACGUGAUGGUUGUCGGUGAACCGUCGCUGAUGGGAGGCGACUUCGGCGAGGAGGACGAGCGGGUGAUCACGAGGUUGGAGAACACGCAGUACGACGCCACCAACAGCCUGGACCCGCACAGUCACGACGCCGGCGGGCCGCCCCCGCACCCCCAUCAAUUCCACUCGGAACCGACCCCGGGCAACUCUUGGCCCCCGGACCGUGGUCCCGGCCCGCCACAAGGAGGGCCCGGCAGCCAGGGAGUUCAAGGUGGGCAGGGUGGCGCAGCAGCGGGUGUACAGGGGACGCAGGACGCCAGUCAACAGCAACAAGACAAGAAGAGUCCCGCGGUGAGCCAGUGAGGCCAGGAGUCCCCGCGCCCCCCCACCAGGGGGCGACGGGGGCGCAGGCCCAAGAACAUGGCUCCCUAGCGGGGCGAGAACCCUAACCUCCCCGGCGCCUACUUAGCCUCGACCGGGUGCUCGGCCGGCAGGCUGCCACACGUUGGCCUGUCGCAUCCUCUGGCCUGCCAUCAGCCUGCCCUGUCCGGCCAUCACGCGGAGCAGCAGGUGCAAUUGGGCCACGCCGCGGCGGCGGCUGCAGCCGCAGCCUCCAUGGGGAUGGAGUCCUCGGAGCUGGUCGCGGUCGCCCAUUACCAGGCGCAGCAGCUUCAGCGGCAAUUGUUGGCCGAGCAGUCGGGUUCGGGCGGCAUGCUGCCGCCGGCUGCUGCUCAGCCUACUGGUGGAGGCUUGACGCAGUCGCUACAGCAGCCGCAGCAAGCUCAGUCUCAGGGCCAAGAUCCGCUGCAGAGCCUGAUGCAACAGCUCAUCUGUUUGCAACAGAUCGAAUACUUUUUCGCACAGCGUGGUCACAAGU